CCUUCUCCCCAAUUAUGAUCUUCCCCUCAAAGUGUUGGCGAGAGACCCAACUGACAGGCUCUCAUCCUUCGCUUCUUACUAUGCAAAUCCACUGAAAGGUCAAGCUCACUAUUCCACCAGUGGAGAAGGUACUACUGCAAGUAUGCACUGUAGAUAUGAACAACCCUCUGAAGCGUGUCCCUACACAUAGCCAGCCAACAUGAGAAGACAAAGAGCAUUCACCCAUAGAUCCAAGAAUGGAUGCCGCACCUGUCGGUCCCGCCAUAUCAAAUGUGAUGAAACCCCAAAUGCAUGCCGCAACUGCACCUCCACUGGGCGCAAAUGUGACGGAUACAACCAGUAUCGAUUACCCUUUCGUAAGGCGACACUACCAGUCUCCAAACCAUCCAGGAGCCUCAUCGUCUGUCUGCCCGGACUAGAUUCCGAUGAGCGUCGAUGUCUGCAGUUCUUCGAGCACAACACCAUCCCCAUGCUAGUGGGGUAUGCCGACUCGGAAGUAUGGCAGCGUCUCGUGCUACAAAUGUGUCACAGAGAACCCGCCGUCUGCCACGCAGUAGUCGCGCUCAGCGCCUUUCACGAAAACUACGAGCGAAGCAGCAUGAACAUGGAACCAAAACCCGAUCACCGCCACCACCACUACGCCCUGGAACAAUACAACCGCUCCAUGGCAAUGCUGCGCCGGCGCAUCCAGUCCAAUGACCCCCAAGUCCGCAGCAUCACACUCAUGUGCUGCGUCGUGUUCGUAAUCCUUGAACUCCUCGAGGGGGACUACACCAAUGCCUUCGCCCAUCUACACCAAGGCCUCAACAUCCUGAAAACCCAAUCAGCUCACCACGCACUAACCACCGAGCGUAUCCUCGCCAAAGCAUUCCUGCAACUCAACACCCCCCGAGCCUACUGGAACGGCCCCGACGUCGUCGUAACCGGCCACCCUCCCAAGGGGAGCGUGUCCGAAGUAGCCUACUCAAAAACACCAAUCCACAGCAUCGCCGAAGCAAAAGAGCGUCUACGAGUCCUAAUGAACAACAUCUUCCACCUCCAAUCCCUCUGCAACCUCUUCUUCCGCGGCGAACCAGAAGACCCAACCUCCACCACCCCUCUAACCCUCUCUGCCAAACAAACCACCCUCCACCACGAUCUAACAGACUUCGCCCUGGACCUCAAAUCAUUCAUCUCCUCCCACAAAUCCAACACCGCCUGGACGUUACGAGAAACCCGCAGCGUGGACGUCAUCCUCACACACGUAGCAACCCUAACUAGCAUGCUGGGCUGUUCCCUCGACACAACGGAACUAGGCUACGACGACUUCCUCCCUGAAUUUACACGCAUCAACGAACUCUGCGAGCGAAUCACCACCAGCUUCGUGACCGAGUACGGGAGUUACGAGAACCUCCCCACCAUGGUCACUGACGUCGGGGUCUUGCCGUCGCUGUUCUGGUGCUGUGUGAGGUGUCGGGAUGCAGAGACUAGAGAGCGAGCGCUCCAGUUGCUGAAGAUGUGGCCGCAUCGAGAGGGGUUUUAUGAUUCGUAUUUGAUUGUGGGGAUUUGUCGGGGGCUGAUGGAUAUUGAGGAGGAGGGGAGGGAUGGCGAGGGGUUUAUUCCGAGGGAGGCUCGUGUGCAUACGCACACGGUUGAGGUUGCGGAGGAUCGGAGGAGUAUGGUUAUUAGGUAUGUGUUGGCUGGUGCUGGUGGUGGCGAGCAGGAGAGGGUGGUGGUGCUGGAGUAAGUACCUUUGGGAUUUGUUCCAGGGAAGGGAUAUUUCAUCGAUGGUAAUGUGUAUAGAUGGAGAGAUCGUAUAUACAACCAUGCAGAUAUAAAUAGUAUUACUCUAUUAGUGAACGGAAAAGAGAAUGAUGGAGGACAGGUAGCUCUCCUGGGAAAGGUUUCGGGAAUGAUGUCCAUUUGUACCUCCUAUAAAAAUCAUAGACACUUAUUCCAAGUAUCUUUAUCGUAGUGGGUAAUCAGUAACAGCAGGUAAGUGUAUACCUGCUAGCAUACUAUGCAUAUCACAUCAAUAGUAAUGUAGUAAUGUAGUAUCACCUCUAUUCAUCUUGGUCCUACCAUCCAUCUCGAUGUGCUAACUGAAGUACACUUAAAUUGCCCCAGCCGGACAGAAUUAAGAACUACCUAAUACUAGACUAGUGAACUACUAGUCGUGCCUGAAGUGUGAGAACCUUACCAGAUCAAACACAU